AAAAUUUGAAAUUGAUCGCGGCAGACGUUUUUUAAAAAUGUUCUCACUCCGGCUCAGCAGUGCUUUAGUGCUAAUUUUUAUGCUGCCACAUUUGCUGGAAGGCGCACGCAUACUGGCCAUAUUUCCCUUCGCGGGUCCCUCGCAGUACAUUAAUGUGCUGCCGUAUUUGAAAGGACUCGCAGCGCGGGGUCACGAAAUAACCUCAGUCAAUGCAUUUCCCCAAAAGGAGCCAGUGAAAAACUUUCGCGACAUUCCCGUGCCAGAAGUAAUUGAAUCUUACGAAGAAUUAAUAACUGAAUUGAGUAAUGAAAUGAAUCUGUGGAAGGAAAAUAAUUUUUGUAACGCGUUCUUCAUCGGCACUACAAAGUCUGUGCUUCGUAAUGCCCAAGUGCAGCGGGAGCUACUCCAGCCUGGCAAGGAUCACUACGAUCUGAUCAUUGUUGAGGUUCUUCGCACGGAUGCGCUCUAUGGCUUUGCGGCGCAUUUCAAUGCACCACUCAUUGGCUUUUCCACCUUCGGCACAGACUGGAAUAUCGAUGAAACUGUGGGGAACACCUCUCCACUCUCCUUUACCCCGCUCCCGACGUCAGGCUUCACCGAUCACAUGACGUUCGGCGAGCGAGUACGCAAUUUUCUACAGACCUCGAUAGCCUGGCUCAAUUGGAAGCUGGUGCAUUUGCCACUGCAGGUGAAGCUUUAUGAACAGUAUUUUCCGCAUAUUGCCAAAUCAAAACCUUUGAUGGAGGUGAGCAAGAACUUCUCGCUGAUGCUGCUCAAUCAGCACUUCUCAUUGAGCUAUCCCCGUCCGCAUGUGCCGAAUAUGAUCGAAGUGGGAGGACUGCAUAUUUCACACAAGCCAGCACCACUGCCCAAGAGUAUAGAAGACUUUGUUGUGGGCGCUGGAUCGGCGGGUGUUAUUUACUUCUCCCUGGGCUCGAACAUUAAGAGCAAUAGUCUGCCAUUGGAGCGGCGCCAGAUGCUGCUUCAGGUAUUUGCCAGUUUACCUCAACGUGUAAUCUGGAAGUUUGAGGAUGAUCAGCUGGUCAACAAGCCGGCUAAUGUACUUAUUGGUAAAUGGUUUCCCCAGCCCGACAUCCUGGCACAUCCCAAUGUGAAGCUCUUCAUUACACACGCCGGCCUCCUGAGCACCACUGAGAGCAUUCACCAUGGCAAGCCGGUGCUUGGUUUGCCCUUCUUCUAUGAUCAGUUUCAGAAUGUGGAGCGUGCCAAGCGAGCAGGCUUCGGCUUGAGUCUCGAUCACAGCAAGAUGACAGCCUUAGAGCUUAAGCAGACCAUCGAGCGUCUGAUUGGGGAGCCACAAUUUACGGCAAGAGCACAGCAAAUAUCAGCUCGCUAUCACGAUAAGCCCAUGGGUCCGCAGGAGACAGCCAUCUGGUGGACGGAGUAUGUGCUGCGGCACAAGGGUGCUCCACAUAUGCGUGUGGCAGCACAGGACUUGAGCUUUAUUGCUUACCACAGUCUGGAUGUGAUUGGUUUGCUGUUGGCUGUGGCCACUUUAAUACUUGCUGCGAUCUCCUUUGUGCUGUUUAAAUUGCUCAGAUGCUUGAGAGGUCAAAGUGGAACGAGCACACAGAAAUUAAAGAAUCACUAAGCGAAACUUCGCUUGGGGAUUCAUAUUACAUAUUACAAUAUUGUUGUAAAUGAAUAGCUCAAUUUAAAUAUAAAAAUUUUAUCAGUUCGGCA